UCGUCGACCCUUUUCACCCCAGACCUGUAAGCCGGGGGCUGAGCCUCAGGGCAGGGGUGCAGAUGGGGGUGCAGCCCUCCCGCUUCCCGGCGGCUCCGGGAAGGUCAGCGCGGGCAGGCGGGGCGCGCUCCUGCGGCCGGGCCUCGCUGGCCACCCGGUCCCCACCUGAAACCCCGCCUGCCACUCCGCUCCAGAGGAGCCAAUAGCCGUGCAACCUGCCCGGGAUGGGGCGGGGCUUAUGCAAAACGUGUCGCCUUCGGGAGGCACAUAGUGAUACAAGAUCUGGGAGGCGGCUCCAGCGCAGACCUCGGAGAGCACAGCUGCCGGCCCGGGAGCCAGUCUCGGUCCCCGCGGCCCGCCGAGGCUCGGAGCCAUCCAGCGACCCGGCGAGCGGCCUCAGGCGGCAGCAACUGAAGAACCCACCCCUGGGCAGGAGACCGCUCACCUCAGUCCAGGCCCACGGGUGCAGAGAAGGAGGCAGAGCUGCCUCCUUAUCCCCAGCUCAGUCCCCGCCAUGGGGAAGACCAACAGCAAGCUGGCCCCCGAGGUGCUGGAGGACCUGGUUCAGAACACUGAGUUCAGCGAGCAGGAGCUGAAGCAGUGGUACAAGGGCUUUCUGAAGGACUGCCCCAGCGGCAUCCUCAACCUGGAGGAGUUCCAGCAGCUCUACAUCAAGUUCUUCCCCUACGGUGAUGCCUCCAAGUUCGCGCAGCACGCUUUCCGCACCUUCGACAAGAACGGCGACGGCACCAUCGACUUCCGGGAGUUCAUCUGCGCUCUGUCGGUCACCUCCCGCGGCAGCUUCGAGCAGAAGCUCAACUGGGCCUUUGAGAUGUACGACCUGGACGGCGACGGGCGCAUCACGCGCCUGGAGAUGCUGGAGAUCAUCGAGGCAAUCUACAAGAUGGUAGGCACCGUGAUCAUGAUGCGCAUGAACCAGGACGGGCUCACGCCCCAGCAGCGUGUGGACAAGAUCUUCAAGAAGAUGGACCAGGAUAAGGACGACCAGAUUACACUGGAGGAGUUCAAGGAGGCAGCCAAGAGUGACCCAUCCAUUGUGUUGCUGCUGCAGUGUGACAUGCAGAAGUAGAGGCUGGUGAGGGGCAGGGUCCCUGUCCAGAAGGAGCAUGGCCACCUCCCAACCUGAUGAGCUCUCUGGCUGGCCUCCCAGGAGAGGGACACUCCAGCCCCCCUCUCUGGCCCACCCAGUCCUCUGCCCAAGCCCCUCCUCCCCUCCAUCAAGAUCCCUGAGGGACCACCUCACCCUGCAAAAGAGACAGGUCCUCCGGUAUCCUGUCUUCUAGCCCCACCUCCCACUUGGCACAGAACCAGCGUCCAUUGGGCAUAGGGGAGUUGGCUUUUGCCCCAGGAGGUGAGGUUAAGGAGUUGGGGGCCUGGGGUUCUGGUUCAAAGUUCUCUUGAUCCUAGGAUUAUGCUUUAUAGAAUGUGGUCCCAUAGGCCUGUCACAGGGCCAAAUUGGGUCUGUCCACUCCUGAAGCUCCAGAUCCCAUAAAGGUGGUCUCUUCCCCGUUCCUUCUACUCUACCUGGCCCUUCCAGCCCCAGCCUUUGGAGCGUUCAUUCAGUCCUUUCUUCAGCUAAUGAUUAUUGAGCACCUGUUCGGUGCUAAGGAUAUGGUCGUUUACAAGACACAUCUUGUGCCCUCUGAAAGCUCAUAGGGUUGUGAGGCAAACUUCCAGCUGUCAGGGUCUCAGCUGAGCAGAGGGUGCUGAAAAGCUGGUUAGUCUGGGAGGAGCUAUUUCAUCUUCCAGCUCAGCUCCACACAAAGCUGCAGAAGGACAAAAUGAAAAGCAUUUGGAAGUUGAGGAGCCACGUGAGUGAAAGUUUUAAGAAAAAUGAAAUUUAUGUAAUACUAUUUUUUUAGUACCCUUUAAAGGAGCUACAGUCAUUUUAUUAUUUCAGGAGGUUAAAAUAUACUCUAUAUUGCUUGGUUUCUUAUAAAAUGAUUAAAUGAAUAGAGAAAAUAUUAAUUUUUAAGGGGAAAAAACCUGAGAAAAAAGGGAGAAAAGACCAUGAAAUUUACCAGAUAACACUUUUUCAGACUAAGUCCUGAGCUGCCAUGCUCAGCAGUUUUUGCUGCUUCAGCUCUUCCUUUUUAUUACCUUUUUCAAUUCAACAAGCAACUUUCUAUUACAUACUUACUCAGGUUGGGUGCUGACUUCAGAGACAGGAAAAAACAAGGUUUGCAAAGAGUGAGACAAGUGUAUAUCCCGAAUCUUGGUAGUUCGUUUCUGAAUUUGGUUUAGUUUCAGAACUGGACUUGUUCCUUCACUGCCACAGAAUCAGAAGGAGCUCGAAGAAAAGGCUCACCUGGCCACUGUUUAGGUACCCAGACAGAAUUUAUGGACCAAAUGCCUAAAAAUGUGCCAGGCAUGCUCCAUUCGAAAGGCUUUUUCUAACCCCAAAUCUUAGAUCUGCCAGGUAGUUCAUCAUCUUCCAAGUGCGCUGGCUCUGCUUUCCAAUGCCUGCUUUCCAAUUUUGGAUCCAUGAGCUAUAUAGCUGCAUGCUUCGACUGCCAGAAAAAUUAAUCUUGCUUCUUCAUCAGGUCUUUCACUUGACUUUCUCCUGUACUUGUGAUCAGAAAUUAGCUUUGACGUGCAGUGACAGUUGAUUUCCUCUUGAACUGCCGGUGAAAACAGUCUAGUACACAGGUGCUGUCAGCCCAGGGUAGGAGUAGGAAAUGAUUGCUGAGCCCGGGGUGGGGGAAUUGCAUCUGCAGGAAAGAGAUGCAGCAUGCUCCUCACUCCUGAGUGUUCACCUGUCCUGCUUCUCUGCAGGUGAAAACUCUGGGGGAUGCCGAUGAAUAGACCUUGGUCCCAAGCUCUACUGGGCCCUUGGAGGUAGCAAGGCCACUGGGUUGCCACCCGUUUUCUAUCCUCUUGCUCAUGACCAGUCAUAUGGUGAGGCUGGGGAGUUAACAUCCUCAGGCAGGAACUAGCAGUUGUUUAUCCGGCAAUGCCUCAAGGAUGUUGCAUUGCUCCCAGGAGCUGGCUAUUGGGUGUGUCUUGUGCGGUCAGUCAGCAUCACAGACACGCAGAUGCUCACCAACCUGGCUCAGUUGUGACCUAAAUCUUCUGGUGGAAAGCUUUUCACUGAAGUUCCUUCCCUGCAAACGUUGAAUCUAGCCUAAUUCACAACCACACAGAAUUUCAUGGCUUUCAAAGGCUUGCCAUGUGCCCCAUCUCAUUCUAUACUCAUAGCCCAUGGAGGUGGGGAUUUUCAUUUAUUUUCUCUAGACUUGGAAGCUGAGAUUCAGAAAGGAAGCAUCCCUUGUGCAAGAUCACAUAGUCAGGAGGUGACACAGCGCUAAGACUUGAACCCAAAGCUCUAAGAGGAUUUCUUCUUUUCAGAGUCUCUUCGCUGUCCAUUUCUGUGACUGAGCUGUGCAGAAGUUGACAGCAGGGAAAGCUACAUUGAUUUUCAUCCUUUAUAGGCUUCCUGCUAAGAAGUUUCUGAAAUUGUGGUCUUCCAAAAAAAAAAAUAGGAGCUUGUUUGAAGUCCCCACAUUUUCAAGCAUCCUGUGUUCUGCCUCUGGCAGCUGUGCUAACAGCUCAGUGCUAUCCUUGGAGGCCUCAGAGUCAGAACCCUCGAAGCAUCCUGCAUUGUCUUUACCCACCAUCAUCUUCCCUAAGAGAAUUGUUUUUGUUUUUUCCAAGCUGGUGGGCAAGUCCUACCCAUGAAGGCAUAUUUGAUUACUCCAGGCUUCUGGACACACAUACACAUGGGUGAUUUUUGCUGGUCAGGCUCAGUAUUCUCAGACAGCCCAGCAGUGUGAACACACAAUGCCAGGCCAGGAACUGGGACCACCAUCUCGCUGAUGGGAGGAACCACAGGUGGGCCAGGUCUUGCUCCCACAUACUCCUGGGUGUCCCAGGGACUGUGUGCUCAGGAGCACUGUGGUAGAGCACUGGCCCUGCCUUGAGAAGAGACACAGGUCUCCCGUCCCUGCACCAGCUGAGAGAGACUUGCCACAAAGCACAAGGCUAGCAAAGAUUUAUGUAUGACUUGCACAGACACAAAAGUAUACAGACAAUCAAAACAUUGAUAUAUCCAAACUCUCCUUUGAAAUUCCAAUCUUCUUGCAACAACUCUGAAUUGCAAGGUCCCAGAAUCUGCCUUCUCACAUACUCUACCCUCGUUCAUCCUUUUGGGCUAAUUGAUGAGCAUCUUAUUUCUUAUCUCUAAAAAUUAUCAGCAAACGCUACUUCAGAUGGCCACUUUAGUCCUUUCAGCUGUAGUCAGGAUUAUUUAACUUACCUUUACAUCAAAAGUUAAGACUAAGUUAGUUCGUAAGUAAAAGCACUAAAUCCUUUCCUGACAAUGACAGAGUCUCUAGAGGUAGAAAUUUGCCUUGCUGCAGAGAGAGAAGGAAUGGCGUGGGAUGGGGGAAAGAAAAGAAAGAGAAGAGAAGAAGCUGGGGUCUCCAGGCAGGAUAGUAAGCUGACACUGUAAAUAUUUUUUACACAAAAAUGUAUUGAAGCAACAAAUAUUUCCUGAAGAUCCACCCUGGGUGAGGCUUUGAGCUGACUUUAGAGAUCACUGUGGGGUCAAGAAUUUCUUACAUGUUUUAUUCAUCAUUCUUGAAAAAAGAAAUAAUUCAAACCUUGCAAUUAAAAAGUCUCAGAAAAAUAUGAAAUUUUCUUUCUGAAAUUUUCAGGGUUUUCUUUUUACCUUUGCCAGAGUGUGGGGGCAGGACUGGGCCUGCCAGGGUGUAUAGCCCUUCCUGCUUGGUGGAGGCCAGUCGGGCCCAGUGCCUUCUAAGCAGCAGUCGAGAGGAGACUUGGGGAACGGGGGUGUCCGGGUGCAGGGGAAGGGGCCCAGUUCCAGUGUAGCUCCCUGUCCCCUCCAGAUGUGCUGCUUCUGGCUGUGCCCUCAGUGACUGCCCUCACUGCUCAACCCUGUGCUGUGUGGUGUGUUUCUUUCCCCACUGACAGUGAAUAAAAGGUGUGACUGUG